AUGACUCAAUUUGCAUUGGAGGAGCAGAGAGCAGCGCCCAGCUUGGAUUUGGACAACAUUGAGGUGCUUCAGAAGCACUCUCAAGGAUGGUGGGAUCCUGAAGGACAGCUGAAAGGCCUCCAUGCGAUGAAUCACGUGCGUGUUCCUUUCAUUCGAGAUGGUUUAACCGUGAGCAAGGCUCAAAAUCUCAAAGGAUUGCAUCUGCUGGAGGUCGGAUGUGGCGGAGGACUUCUCACGGAGGCACUGGGCAGCCUCAAAGCCAACGUUACUGGCAUAGAUCCUUCUGAGGAUCUCAUAGCCGUCGCUCGGGAACAUCUGAAAGCCGAUAAGGACCUUUCUCAGCGAGUCACGUACCUUACAGACACGAUAGAGACUCAUGUUUGUGCGAAUGCUGGGAAAUACGACGCUGUGAUUCUCUCAGAAGUGAUUGAACAUGUGAAUGAUCAGGAGAACUUCCUGAAGCACUGCAUUGAUUCUGUGAAGCCUGGCGGAUCGAUCUUUGUCUCCACAUUCAACAGAACCAUUCUGUCCUACUUAAUGGGCAUUUAUUUGGUGGAGAACAUCUUCAAAACCCUUCCAAAAGGCACACACGAAUGGCAAAAGUUUAUCUCACCGCAAGAAACGCAAAGAAUUUUUGAACAAAGUGAGUUUAUUUUUAAAUAUUUCACUCAAAAAUGUAGGUCUUCAGCCUUGAUGUGUCUUUCAGACAAUUGCUCAAUUGUCGUCGUCAAUGGUCUGCGCUACUAUCCUUGGAACAAUACUUGGCACUGGAGCAAAUCCGACGAUGUGAAUUACAUUCAGCAUGCUGUGAAGCACAAACACUGA